AUGAGCGAUGACACUAAUCGUACAGCCAAACAUAUUAUUCUGGGAUAUUUCACAUUACAAGCCAACGCUGCUGCGAUGGGUGGACGGAUGAGAACAGCAUGGAACAAUGGCAUGUCUCCUAUGAUGAACAACAUGCAGCAAGGAUGGAAUACCCGAAUGAACAAUAUCCAAUCAGGGUGGGCCAACGGUAUCAACAAUUUCAAGACCGGACCAGCAAAUAAUUUUGGAGUAAAAAACAUACUUAAUUCCCAAUUAACAUCAGACAACUAA